GGCGAUCGGUGGGAUUCGCGACGUUGUUGCUGGUUCUAGCGGGCUACAUGCUGCUACAAAGCCACUACGAGUCCGUCAGUGGACGAGAGGAACUUAAAACGAGCUCAACAAGCCCCUUGGCAACGUCUGAAAUCCACCAGAAGGCUCCGAACGAGGCCCAGCAAACAACAACACUCAGUCACAAACACAAGGACGACGAGAGUGAUGAUCUUUCCAAGCUGGAACGCAAGUUCUUGGACUCGGUGGACACCACCGAGAUCCGUAAAUUCCACGGCGCAUACGCCAGUGUCCCGCAUCCGGCUGGUAGCCAUCAAGACUACAAGACGGCGCUGUUUACGGCCGAACAGUUCGAGUCUUUCGGCCUUAAAGCCGAGAUCGUGGAGUACUACCCUCUACUAUCACUUCCCAUCCACCGGAAGCUCAGUAUUCUGGCUCCAAGUGAAGCAGCUAGAGAGCUGAACCUGACCGAGGCAACGAUCACGGGAGACUCGUGCACGAGCAACGAGGACGCGCUGCCCCCUUAUCUCGGGUACUCGGCCUCUGGCAACGUCACGGCGUCUGUCGUGUACGUCAACUACGCCAGACCAGUGGAUUUCCAGUGGCUUCGAGACCAUAACGUCACUUUGGAAGGCAAGAUCGCGCUCGUGCGAUAUGGAGGCAACUUCCGAGGCCUCAAGGUCAUGUUGGCAGAGCAGCAUGGGAUGGCUGGCGUGCUGAUCUACUCGGACCCUCUAGACGACGGAUACGCCCAAGGACCAGUCUAUCCGGAAGGUCCAUGGCGACCGGAAGGCUCCUUUCAACGGGGCUCUGUGCAGUAUAACUCCAUCUACGGCGGAGAUCCCCUCACUCCCGGCUUCCCGUCGCUACCUGGAGAGCCCUAUCUGAGCCAGGAAGAGUGUAAAACCAUCCCACACAUCCCUGCGCUGCCUCUGUCGUAUGGUCAGGCUCGGUACAUUCUCGAGUCUCUAAGAGGGGAGAAAGCUCCCGAGCUCUGGCAAGGCGCGUUGGCUCUGAGCAAUGGAGGCUACUUCGUGGGUGACGAUGAGGCUACAGUGCUGAACUUGGACGUGACUAUGGACAACAGUAUUGGUCCGAUCUGGGACGUCAUCGGCACGAUCGAGGGCGCGGAGGAGCCGGAGCAGAUGGUCAUCAUCGGCAACCACCGUGACGCGUGGGUGUGUGGAGCGGUGGACCCGUCCAGUGGGUCGGCUGUGAUGCUGGAGAUCGCUCGCGGGCUCGGAUACUUGCUGAAGGAAGGCUGGAGGCCACGUCGAACGCUCGUCAUCGCGUCGUGGGACGGGGAGGAGCUGGGGCUACUGGGCAGCACCGAGUUCGCAGAGGACCACGCCGAGUUGCUCAAGAAGCAGGCGGUGGCCUACGUCAACGUGGACAACGUGGUUGGCUCGUUCGUGAGCUCCGGCGGAACGCCAUCGAUCGCCAACUUCCUGCAAGCCACCGCGCAGCUCAUUCCUGGCAACGCUUUCCAGGGCGUCGACGUCACCGAGAGCUUGUACGAGCAGUGGGAGAGUCAGACAGCUAUUCGACGCUCGAGUCUUGCGGCUGGAGCGGACGAUGGCACGCUGGCUCCGGAGCAUCUGCUCCAGUUCUUGGGCUCCGGUACGGACUUUACGGCGUUCUACCAGCACCUCGGAAUCAUUUCUGCCAACUUGGGCUACACGGUCGGUAGCGCCACGUACGGGACGUAUCACAGCACCAUGGACAGCAUUCCGUACGUGGAGAGUGUGGGAGAUCCGCACUACGCAACGCACACGACGAUGGCCAAGUGGUGGGGGCUCAUCACGCUGCGGUUAGUGGACAGCGCUAUCGUCCCAUUCGACUUUUCUACCUACGCCCUUGUGAUGCAGGAAGACUUGGCUGGAUACGAGAAGAUCACGGCGGAAAUGGGACGUCACGUCGACUACGCGGAGCUCCAUGACGCCAUCGAGACGCUCGGCAGCAACGCUGAAGUCUUUCAAGCUCGAAUUGCGGCGUUUGCAGAGAAGAAUCCUAAAAAGAAGAAAGAGACUCGCAAGCUCGAGACGGAGCGGCACUUCUGGAACGACAAACUCGUGCGUCUCGAGCGCUAUCUGCUCUCUGACGCUGGACUGCCGCAUCGACCGUGGUUCAAGCACAUGAUCUUCGGACCGGGCUUCUACGAAGGGUACAAGGGAGCUGCGUUCCCUGGUAUCUCGGACUGCAUUGUCUUCGAGGACGACAACGCUGCGAUCCAAGCGCACGUGGACGACGUCGCGGCAGUCAUCAACACUGCAGCGGCCUUUUUGACGUCCGCGUGAGCGAGCAAACUAACACGAGAGAAAUGAAAAUCUAGUGUUUUUGUC